GAUGUUGAUCCCAUGGUAUCUGUGAUGAAGGUUGAGAAGGCCCUGUUGGAAUCAUAUGCUAUCAAACCUCCUAAAGGAGUUAUACUUUAUGGGGAGCCGGGAACUGGAAAAACUUUGCUUGCCAAGGCAGUGGCAAACUCAACAUCAGCAACUUUCUUGCGUGUUGUUGGAAGUGAAUUGAUUCAGAAAUACUUGGGAGAUGGCCCAAAAUUGGUCAGAGAACUCUUUAGAGUUGCAGAUGAUCUUUCACCAUCAAUUGUCUUUAUUGAUGAAAUUGAUGCAGUUGGCACAAAGAGAUAUGAUGCACAUUCGGGCGGUUAGCGUGAGAUUCAGAGGACAAUGUUGGAGUUGCUCAAUCAGUUAGAUGGUUUUGAUUCAAGAGGAGAUGUCAAAGUGAUUCUUGCGACAAAUAGAAUUGAGAGUCUGGAUCCUGGAUGAAUAGACAGGAAGAUUGAGUUUCCUCUUCCCGACAUUAGAACUAGGAGCUGAAUUUUUCAGGUACUUUGGUUUGGUAUAUUAUCUACAAAACUAUAUAUAUUUUUUUAUUUUUUGGACGUGUGGUAUUAUUUAUGUGAUCUUUGUAAUCAGACAAUGUCCUCAUUGGACGAAAUCAAAAUAAGGAGUUUAAAGGUACAAUAUACUCCUUGAAUUAGUGUGAUCGAUAUUCACACAAAGAGUGUGUUGUGGUUGUAU